AUGCCCAUCACAAUCCUCGCCCCGAGAGGCACACCGGCACGGCCAAAGCUCGCACAACGCCCCAGCGACUCCGACUCAGAUUCCGAUGGCGGCGUCGACAUCGAGGGCGAUGUCUCCAUGUCUCGCCCAGCGAAGCGCCCUCGCGGCGACAACUACGAGAUCGUCACGCCCGGUGAAGUCAUCACCGACGACCCCCAGUGGAUGAGAGGCCACGGCACCUACGUCACCCCGAGCACCACCGAAAUCGUCUCCUCCGUCGCGGGAACCGUAACCCGCACCAACAAACUCCUCUCCGUCCGGCCCCUGCGCGCCCGCUACACCCCCGAGAUCGGCGACCUCGUCGUCGGCCGCAUAGUCGAGGUCCAGGCCAAGCGCUGGCGCGUCGACGUCGGCUCCUCGCAGCUCGCCAUCCUCCAGAUCUCCGCCAUCAACCUGCCUGGCGGCAUCCUCCGCAAGCGCACCGACACGGACGAGCUCCAGAUCCGCUCCUUCUUCGCCGAGGGCGACCUCGUCGUCGCGGAGGUCCAGCAGCUGCAUCAGGACGGCGCGGCGAGCUUGCACACCCGUUCCCUGAAGUAUGGCAAGCUGCGCAACGGCGUCUUCUGCGCGGUCAGCGGCACCGGGGGCGGCGGUGGUGUGGUGCGUGCCAAGAGGCAGCAGUGGGUUAUGGACGCGGCGAGGGGCGCGGCAAAGGUUCACGUCACGCUCGGCGUCAACGGGUUCAUCUGGAUUGCGAAGCAUGUCGAGAGCGAGAUGCCCGAGUCAGUCGGGCUGAACCGCAUGGAGGAGAGCGUGAGCGCCAACGUCUACUCCAGCCAGAACGACCAGAUCGAUGUCGAGACCAUGCGGGAGAUUGCGCGUAUACGGAGUGUGAUUUUGGCGCUGGUGGAGAACGGCCUGCGCGUUGACGAGGACUUGUUAGUCAGGGGCUACAAGGAGGCUGUCGAGAUUGGAAUGGAGAGCGUCGAGGACGACAUCUACCUUGGAGGUGAAAGGGGGAAGCGGCUUGCAGAGGCCUUGCUGAAGGACUAA